CUUUUCCUGUUGUGAGGACACGCCCCCUCGCUCUCCCUGCUUGGGCGGGGGUGUCACCAUGGGCAGCAAGAUGGCGGCCGCCAGUAGGGUCGUUCAGGUGGUCAAGCCACAUACGCCAUUAAUUAAGUUUCCAGACAGAAAAAGUGCUCCCAAACCUAAAAUGCAAGAUCCUCUACAAUCAAGAGUGCCACCACUUCAUGCGCCAUCUGCACAAAUCUCUGCAGGAGGUGGACCGCCUUCCCAUCAACAUAUUUCAUUUAGUGGCAGAACACAAGGCACACCUGACACAGUAGAACUAGUAAGAACUUUACCUCAAAAAUAUCGACGGAAACCAUUGUCAGUUGAAGAGAUGGAAUACAUUCAAAGGGGAGGUCCAGAAUAACACAGAAGAAUAUGCAGUUAGUUACUGCUGAGCAACAAACUUGCUGUAAAGGCGUUCCUUACUAUCUGAGUAUUGUAAACUCAUUAUUAAAGGCCUUUUAUGAGACACUUCGGAAAGUGGCUGUGUCCUAAAUCAGAAGACCAUUCUGAUUCGAGUAACCAUCUGACUCCACUUUAUAUAACAACACCAUUAAAAUAUUUUUUUCAUUAUA